AUGUCACUAGCAUUUUUAGAUGGAGGUAAAUAAGCCUCUGCUCAAGCCGCUCUUGCUAUGCUAAACGAUCCUGAAAAGGAUAUCCAAGUCUAUGCUCUUCAAAAGUUGGAUCAUAUCGUUCAUUACGCUUGGCAUGAAAUAGCUGAUCACGUCAGCAAAAUAGAGGCAUUUUUCGAUGACAACACAUUCCCUUAAAGAGAAUUAGCAGCAUCAAUAGCAUCUAAAGUAUUCUAUUACCUUGAAGCUUACGAGGAGUCAUUGAGACUUGCUCUUGAAGCAGGGGAUAAGUUCGAUUUGAACUCAUAAAAUCAAUACACAGAGACUUUGAUUCACAAAUGCAUUGACAACUAUAUUGAAAGAAGAGUCUAAAUUGUAGAUCAUAAAGCUGAUGACUUAUAAAUUGACCCUAAAAUGGAGAAUGUAGUUAACAGAAUGUUUGAUAGAUGCUUUAGAGACGGAUGCUAUAAUCAAGCUAUAGGUAUCGCUCUAGAAUCAAGAAGAUUAGACAAAAUUAAAGAGUCAAUUGAAAGAUCUAACGAUGUUGAGGAAAAAUUGGCUUACGCUUUUACUAUUGCUCAAAAUUAAGUAAGAAUCAAAUCUUUCAGAACUGAGAUCCUCAGACUACUCUUGCUCAUCUAUGAGCAGAAGCAAGGUGGUAGAUUUGACUACUACAAGAUAGUAAAAUGCCAAUUUAUCUUGAAUAUUCCAGAGGCAACUGGCAUUUUAUUGAAAAGAAUUGUAGCGUCAGAAGAUUUCCUAGUUGCUUAUUAGAUUGCCUUCGAUAUUCUAGAUAAUGAGAACUAAUCAUUUACCAAAUAAGUGUCAGAGAAUUUAACUGGAGGAGAUGUAGAUGAUUUAGUCAGAACUAGAGUAGCUUAAAUCUAAUAAAUCUUUACUGGUGAAGUGAGAGACAGACUUUAUCUUUAAUUCUUGAAGAAAAAUAAUCACACAGAUAUGCUGAUUCUUACCAAGAUCAAGGAAAAAAUCGGGCAAAGAAACUCAAUAACUCAUGGAUCAUGUAUUUGGGCUAAUGGUAUUAUGAAUGCAUAUACAACAAAUGAUAGCUUCCUUAGAGAUAACCUUUAAUGGGCUGCUAUCGCUACAAACUGGAACAGAUUCAAUGCAACAGCUACUCUUGGUAUGAUUCAUAUGGGAAACAAGAAAGAAGCAAUGGCAAUCUUGAACCCCUAUUUUACUGGUUCAGUAGCUGAAGGAUAAUCAUCCUCUCCAUACUCCACUGCUGGAGCAUACUAUGCAUAUGGUCUCAUCAACGCCAACUAAUACAAUUAAGAGGUUGUUCAAUAUUUCCUAGAUGGAUUUAGAAACAGUGGUUAAAAUGAAGCAAUCUAGCAUGGUAUAUGUUUAGGUCUUGGUUUAACAGCAAUGGCCACAAAGAAUGAGGCAAUCUAUACAGAGCUUAGAGAUGUGCUCUUUAAUAAUGCAGAUAGCGCAGUCAUUGGUGAAGCCGCAGGAUAUAGUUUAGGUCUAGUUAUGCUAGGCUCUGCUGAUGAUAAUGCAAUCUAAGAAAUUAUUACUCAUGCUAAUGAUAGUAAACACGAAAAGAUCAUUAGAUCUCUAUCAAUCUCUCUCGCUUUAAUUAUGUACGGCAAAGAGGACAACGCUGAUGUCCUGAUUGAGCAAAUGGUAAGAAGCAAAGAUUCAAUCAUGAGAUAUGGUGCUAUGUUCGCUAUUGGAUGCGCUUAUGCUGGCACAAACAACAAUGAUGCCGUUAAGAAACUUCUUCACUAUGCAGUUUCAGAUGUUAGUGAUGACGUUAAAAGAGCAGCCUUAAUGAAUCUAGGAUUCUUGCUUUUCCGCAAGCCAGAAAAAAUUCCUGAACUUGUAAAGCAACUUGCUGAAUCAUACAAUCCACAUUUAAGAUACGGAGCUGCUUUCGCAGUAGGAAUCGGUUGCGCAGGUACUGGUCUUCAUGAAGCCAUUAAACUCUUAGCUCCACUAACUAAUGAUUAAGUAGAUUUUGUAAGACAAGGUGCUUUGAUAGCUCUUUCUAUGGUUUUCAUCCAAAUUACAGAAGCCUAAGAGCCAAAGGUAGCAACUAUUAAAAAACUAUACACUAAGACUAUUGAAGACAAACAUGAAGAAAUCCUCUCAAGAAUGGGAGCAAUUAUUGCUUAAGGAAUCAUUAACUCUGCUGGUAGAAAUGCCACAAUCUCCCUUACCACAAGAGAUGGAAGUCUAAGAUAAAACGCAGUUGUUGGUCUAGUCCUAUUCAUGUAGCACUGGUACUGGUAUCCACUUCUUAACUUUUUGUCUUUGUCCCUAACUCCAACAGCUUUGAUUGGUGUGAGUGAUAACCUCAAAGUACCAAAGUCAUUCCACUUUACAUCAAGUGCCAAGCCAUCAACUUAUAAGUAUCCAGAUUUCUUAAAAAGAGAAGAAGGCAAAGAGAAGGAGAAAGUUGAGACUGCUGUACUCUCAACUACAGCCAAGGUUAAGGCCAGAGCUGGAAGAAAGCAAAAAGCUGAUGGAGCUCAAGAUGCCCCAACAUUAAUAGAUACUACCACCGCGAAAGCAGACGAAGAAAUGUUGACCGAAGAGGAGAAGAAGAAAAAAGAGGAGGAGGAAAAGAAGGCUAAAGAACCAGAACCUGAAUUCCAAGAGUUAAAGAACCCUUCAAGAAUCCUAAAAGCUCAAGAAAAGAAGAUCUUAUACAAAGGUGAUCAGAGAUGGUAUCCAGUACUUGAAAACAGAUUCAGUGGGUUCGUAGUUCUUAGAGAUCAACAACCAAAUAGUGAGGAGAGGGAGUAAUAUUAUGAUGAUGAAGAGAGGGAUCCAAACGCUCCAAACCCCGACAAGCAAAGUGAUCUCGAUAUCCCUGAGGAGUUCGAGUUCGACCCAGCUGUAUAGAAUGCUUAAUGA